AUGGAUUGGUUCAGAAGCCUUCGUACAGAAAACCGUGUGGUGUGGUGGCCCAAUGGGGAUCUCACCCCAGCGGAGCUCCGUGGACUCAUCGAUGGGCAAGCAUCGCCAAGCGUUCUGCGGGCUUUGCUUAAUGCGGACAUUGGCGACCUUAAGCGCUGGACAGCCUCUCGUCACUUUGCUCUGUUCUGUGAAGUCCAGCUUGGCUUCAAAGUGAACACUGUCAACAGCACCGGAGAAAUCAUCGACGGUGCCGCUGGGAUUCAGAAGAAUGCAGUACUUGAACCUGGAUCCGGAGGAGACAGUGACCGAGUCUUUCAGAACGAGUUUCAUGUCGAGAAGACCCAGCUCAACAUCCCCGCCGAUGAAGCCCUCGGAAGACUCCAUUUGUGGGCUCGACGGGAACUUGACAUUGAGCGCGUCCCAAUCAGAAGGGAUGGAAAGACCGUCCUCUACUUUGAGCGCUACAUGAACCCCGAGCAAAAUGCGUGUCUGCCUCUUCCAGCUCGCAUUGUAGAACACGCGGAGCAGAGUGCCGAAGCACUUGCCGACUCGAUCCAGGAGCUUGAACGCAAUGUACGAGAGUGUGCACGACAGGGGCAACAGCACGAAUAG